UAAAUGCAAAUCUGGACUAUUUAAAUGAUCGUGCAUAGAAAAAUAUUGAUUUUUACGCUAAAGAACGGAUUAAAAAGCAGGAAUUUUGAACAUAUUCUGUAAUAUCUCGUGAGUGUGAAAAUGAAAUCUAAAAAGUACUCUGACCUGCCCCGAGAUGUCCAAUUGAAGGAAUACGAAAAUUGAUUUGUUGCUUAGUUUGAUUUAUUUUCAUUUAACUAUGGCCGAGGCCAAAUCUGACCAAUACUUGAACAAUGAGUGUGAAGUCAACAUACGAAGGGGUCUCGACGUGAUCCAGAGCAUGAUAGACAUCUCCGCCGAUCGGCUGGAGGGGUUAAGGACGACAUGCAAUACACAUACUGAACUCACCCAGCAAGAGAUAAGAACCCUCGAGACCAAGCUGGUGAAAAUGUUCUCCGAACUGCUGAUAACAAAAGCCAAGCUACCGGAACGACUGCCCAGCAAAGGACUUCCGGCCACCGGAAACGAGCUCAGACAGUGGCUUCGUGUAGUAGGUUUAAGCACUACUUCACUGAACACUGUGAUACAAAAAGUAAACUCUUUGGAGUCCCUUUUGGAAAAAAAUGACGACGAACUGCGCGAGACUCUUUCUAACAAUAUAAACGCACGCGAUGAGGAGAUACGAAGGCUUGUGCGCGCCAUGAGCAAUUUAAGACGUUGCCGUAACCAACUACAAGCGGGUGAACUCAAGGAACCGGCAAACUUGUUUUGGGAUUCGUGGGAUAGGCAUUCAACCCAUUAUCGUGCGUCUCCCAGAAUUAGUCGAUCUCAGCCAAGAAACGCUGCUAAAUCAUCACAUAUCGCGAAUCGUUCCAAUGAAGUUGUGGAAAGUCCCGUUGAACUCGUGCCGCCCGGAGUGGCCUCCGCGGACGUCGCUGCAGAUCUGUCACUUCAACCGCAUAACGUGUUAUCACCCGAGGAAGGAUCUACGUGUACGUUAACUCCAUCGCCAUCGCCUCCCACGUCUCCGACUGAGGUAGCACUGAAUAAGCAGACAAAGAAAGGAUUUCCGACAACACCGCCGCCGAGGAAGAAACAUCAAACACACAUUCGGUCCCCGGCGACACAGCAGUUUAACAGUGCAACAGCUCAUCAAAUUUCCCAGAACAAUAACAGUAUCACAGCAGUGAUUCCCAUUACAGUAAAUACCAACAGCGACCAGGUCGUGUCUCUUACCAAAUCCAAGUCACACGAAUCACAGUUCCUUUCUAAUCAACCUUUGCAGUCAACGGAAACUAUCAACGUCAAUCAGCAGAACAUGGUCAACUCUAACAAUAUCACAUCGAGCUUACAACCCCAGUCUACGACGAACAACGGAAGUGCUCCUGUAUCAACGGUUCGUACACGACUCCACACGGAGCCAACGCCGGAUCAGCAGCAUUCGAUGGAAUCUUCAGACAACUCAUUCGCUUCAUUCCAAAACACUUCCAUGCCUCCCAAGUCACCAUGCACACCAAUCAUUACGCGUGGGAUGGGCCACAUGAUUCAACAUCGAUUCACCAAAAAAUUCAAGGUAACAACAAGCACGUGCGAUCUGUGUAACAAGCAAAUGUUCUUCGGCUUUAAGUGUACAGAGUGUAAAUAUCGUUGCCAUAAGGACUGCAAAUCGAAUGUUCCACCUUCGUGCGGGCUGCCACCGGAGUUUGUUGAGGAGUUCAAGAAAACUCUUCGUUCAGACACGUUGAUGCCGAACGUGUCACCUAAUCUUCCGAGGGGAGUUUAUGCGAGAGACCGUAACCGUGUACCGAUGCACGGCAUACAUGGUGGACCGGACAGUAGCUCUGCGGGUUCUAGUUGUAACAGCUCGUCCCCUUCGAGUCCGGCUUUGCUGUCACUACCACCACAAACACCAGCCACUUCAAAACAUUCUCAAUUCAACUUCCCUGAAAUAUCCGGCGGAAAUCAUUUAAAUCAAAUUUCCGAACGCGAUGGUAUAACGAUCGAAACCCACCCCAUCAACAACAACAGCAAAUCGGUUGCAGCCGGAACAGAGUUGACUGGACACCAUCCGAAUCGAAUACCGAAACUGCAUCUCUCCAAGCUGCCGGAAUCACACCAGAGCAACGACAGCGACAAAACAGGCUCUACAAGUGCUGCAAGUACAGACUCAUCUUCGGAGCGUACGCCAAUAAGAUUGGACUCUACCGAGGAGCGCGAGAGUGACAAUUGGCCUCGCCAAAACAGCCUUUCCCUCAAGGAAUGGGACAUUCCAUAUGACGAUCUCAAACUGCUUGAAAAGAUUGGCAACGGUCGUUUCGGAACGGUCCACCGGGCUCUCUGGCACGGUGAUGUGGCAGUAAAAGUACUAAAAGAGGACUACGUAGCGGACGACAGCACGUUGGAGGCGUUCAAAUUGGAGGUGGCCACAUUCAAAAAAACCCGCCACGAGAAUGUCGUGCUAUUUAUGGGUGCGUGCAUGAAACCUCCCAGAUUAGCCAUAGUAACAUCGCUAUGCAAAGGCAACACACUCUACACGCAUAUUCACAUACGAAAGGAUAAGUUCAACCUGAAUCGCACCACAAUAGUCGCUCAGCAGAUUUCACAGGGAAUGGGUUAUUUGCACGCUCGAGGUAUCGUUCACAAAGACCUAAGAACAAAGAAUAUCUUUCUUGAAAACGGCAAAGUGAUAAUAACUGAUUUUGGCCUAUUUAGCGCCACCAAACUAUUGUAUUGUGAUCUAGGUUUAGGAAUACCAAGCGGCUGGCUUUGCUACUUAGCGCCAGAGUUGAUUAGAAAACUUACCUCGUAUCGCCCAAUUGAAGGGGAUUUGCCUUUUUCGAAAGCGUCUGAUAUUUUUGCGUUCGGUACUGUUUGGUACGAGCUGCUUUGCGGAGAGUUUCCGUUUAAAUCUCAGUCGCCAGAGUCCGUCAUUUGGCAAGUUGGGCGUGGCAUGAAGCAAACACUGGCCAACUUGCAAGCAUCACGGGAUGUCAAGGACAUUCUUAUGAUCUGUUGGACGUACCAAGCAGACGAUAGACCAGAUUUUCAAAAACUUUUGUCCUUGCUCGAAAAACUACCCAAAAAGCGCCUUGCUAGGUCACCCUCACAUCCAGUUCAACUGUCUCGUUCCGCUGAGUCUGUUUUCUAAACAUAAAUUCAAUAUUGGCAUCAAUGCUACAAAGACUACGAAAUAAAUAUUAUGAAAAGAAAAUGUUUAUCUAACCGUUUGAAAGAAGUUGUAGGCAAGGAACUUUUACUAACAGGAGUUAUUUAGGACAACCUAGUAAUAGAUAAAUCUCCGACAGUUGCGUGAAGUGAACUUCUGUCGCGUAGGAUAAAUACAUCUAAAAUGGGGCACGUAACAUGGUACUGAAUUCAACAAGUAAUGUGAUGUUUGACCUUGGAUACCAAUGAUGCUGAUGUCUAGUGUAGAUAUCCUAAGUAAAUGUACAGUAUUUUAUGCUGAGUUGCUGGUUCCUGAUUUGAUGCCAUGUAUUAUGUUUUAAGCUUUGUUAAAAACACGUUGAAGCAAUGUUUUGACCCAUGUCACUGUGAGCUUGGAAAAAGAAACCAAGGAGUUAAGGUCUAAAAAAAAUCUCAAAACAGUUUGUUAAAGUUCAAGUUUGAUUAUUGCUUAUUUACUGCAUUAUAUCAGGUACCGACAAAUCUGUGUAUUCUUAUAAGGGUUAACUAACUACAACUGGUUACACUUUUGACUUAACCUGCAUGGAUUAAGACCAAAACAUAGAGAGCGUUCAUCUAUCGAUAAUUGCGAAGUUUGGUGCCGAUAUGACCGAACACUGUUUUUUUUUUAAAUUGUUACAAAGUUACAUAUCGACGCAAACUUUUCAAAUUACGCUAUGUACAUAAGCUUUGCGUAAGACACAGCAAUUGUUAGCGACAAGUGAGCCAAAAAACUGGUACAGCACCAACAUUACAAAAAUGCUCCAAUUGGCACCAACUUAGGAUUUCCGUUUACUAUCGAUGGAUUAACUUUUCCCUUAUGUUGAUUUUGUCCAAAAUUGUAAUCAAUCGAGAAACAAACCAUACAAAAUGGUAUAAUAAUAUUGAGAAAUAUAGGAAGAGGCAAACGAACUGUUCUCGAAAAUACGAUUCCAUUCAAGAACAUAAAAGAGCAUUUCUCUACGUUUUUUGGAAAAUGAUCAAAUUUCAUUUUUUGUAUUUCAAUAAAACUUUUAAUUUUUCAUUCGAUUUGUAAAAAAAAAGCAUUUGAGCCAAUAUCACGAUGAACGGUAAAAAAAGCAUGGUAUUUUUGUGUUUCUGGAAUAAGUUUUACAUGUGAGUAGGGUACAGUAGUCAUCAAUGAGACAAUGAUUGGGAACAAUGGUAAAAUGGUUCUCACAAGUCGUAGUUUCAACCAAUCAGGCUCAUAUUUUGGGGAAAGGUGUGUCUACUGGAUACACGUCUGUCAUUAUAGUGACAUUGGUUAUGGACGCUCCCUUGCAAAGUUAUUCAUAAAUGUUUGAUUUUGAGGUGUAAAAGUAAAUUAUGCCUGAAAAUUACAGUUUUGCUCAUAGGCUGCCAUUAACACUAAAACUAAUAUUUCUUCAGAUUUCUUUCGACGUUCAAUAGGGAAUUAGUUGGGCUACAAUGACCUUUCAUUAGGUUUGACCAAAAUUCAGAAUAUACCCACAAUCCAGGGCUGUCUCAUUGAUCCCCACUCCUUUCAGCCCAUGGGUAACAAUGAGACACUUUGAUUUUUCUUCGAUGAACUUUUCAAAUAUAUGGAAAUCUUUCAAAACAUGAAAUGGAAGUGACUUUUGGCAUAUUUAUUGGGUUUUAACUUCAUUUAAUCAAUAAUAUAAAGUUAUUUGGUAUAAAUAUAUGGAUUUUACAAUAUUUUAAUACUUUUAAGCAUAACUUUUGUUAAUCAAAGUUUCAAGUUUGAAAAUUUAUUUCUAAAUGUCCACGACAAGUCACCUGCAAUAAUACAACACAAAAACAUGAUGUUUUCCUUGAAAACAUUUGAUUUUCGUAGAGUGUCUCAUUGUUCCCCAGCUGUAGCAUUGUUCCUGCCAAGUGCGUCUACAAUGAAUAACUCUGGCUGUAGACAUCAGAUAGAUCUCAUAUUUUGGGCAAUGUUCGAACACAUUAAAAGAAAGAAAAAAAAAAACAAAAAAACUCAUUGGAACAUGUUGAUAAAAAAAAUACACAAAUCGUUGAAAGUUAAAAACCAAAAGCGUCUCAUUGAUGACUACCCUACCCUACUGAUUCUUCAAUUCUUGUGCAGUAAAAAACGUCCGUCAUGUAGGGGAACUAUACCCUUUUUCAGCCUAUUUCUAUUAUCGGCCUAUCAGCACUUUGAUUAUGUAUUCCAGCUUUCACAAAGUGUUUUUGACUGUUCCAAAGUAAUUAAUAGCUCAAAUAAAAGUGAGCAAGCAACUCUCCAUAGUUUAUAUAUCUGAAAAUGUUGCGGAAAAUGCGGAAAACGGCGAAAGUGAUGAGAAUUGGUCGAACGGCUUAGAGUGAUUAAAAUGGUUAUAUUUCCCCUACUACUGAUCAAAAGUUGGCAUUUUUUGUCCACUGACUUCCCACUGAGAAUUUUGGCUCGAGCCUCGAGUCGAUCUGGCUCGAGAUCGAGCCUGAAUCGAGUCGAGGCUCGAGCCAAAAUUCUCAGUGGGUUGGAUCUGUUGAUGUUAGACUUUUCGCUCAGAAAUUAAGUGCUUCGCGCGUGUUUUGUUCAUAGACUAAACGAUGGGCGGCCAAAAGAGGCCUUUUCGGUUUCCACGUGACACUAUUAGGGGGAUGGCGUCGCUAUUUUUAGACCACGUUUUCCACUUUUUCUCAUUGAAACCGAUUACUUUAUCGACUUCAUUUUGCUGGGCGAGAUAGGACGCCGUCUAUUUUUAGACGAUGACUCAGCACUUUUCCACUCUUGCACUUAAAAAACCAGAUGGCAGCACGAUGUAACGCCACGUCCCUAUACAUACACUAAUGACGCCAAAUGUUCUUAAUAGAGUUAUCUACGUGCGCAUGUAUUGCGUGUACGUACACGAAAAAGAUUGAGGUUAAAUUUUGUACCAGCCAGCAAAACAAAUGGCGUGCUAGUGUGCGUGAGAGCGGGCUUAGAUAGCUCUAUGGGCACAAGAAACGUAUGAAAAAAAAUCAUCGAAAUGUAAAAAAUACAAUGUCGAUUUGCAAAAACGUAGAGAAUUGCUCAAAACCAGUUAGGCAAACACACUACAUGUGACAUCAUAAGAUAUGUAAUAGUUAUUCUAAAAAUUAUCACUUAUCAACAUGCUUACUCUGAGGUAAUUUCAAAAUAAAAAUGAUAAAAAAUAACCUGAAAUGUUGUGGUUACAUUGUAAACAAAUAUGAGGACUUCUUAAUAUGAGGUUAAAGUUUUCCUUUAUUUAAUUUCCAUUGUUGAUAUUUACUUAGUACGAUAAAAUGUAUUAAAGUUAAUCUUUGUUUUAUGAUGUAGAAAAAACAGCAACAGAUGACUAUUAACUGAUGGUCAUGACUUUCCUUGACAUGGAUGAAUCCUUUGUUUGGGUUGGCGAUCAUUGCCCUUCUCAUUUGACCUUGUAUUAGUAUGUAGAAUAAAUUACUCUUUUACAACCGCUCUAA